AUGAGCAAGACCCACCCUCCUGAGCUGAAGAAAUUUAUGGACAAGAAGUUAUCAGUGAACUUAAAUGGUGGCAGACAUGUCCAAGGAAUACUGUGGGGAUUUGAUCCCUUCAUGAAUCUUGUGAUCAAUGAAUAUGUGGAAAUGGUAACCAGUGGGCAGAAAACUAAUACUGGGAUGGUGGUCAUACGAGGAAAUAGCAUCAUCAUGUUGGAAGCCUUGGAACGAGUUUAA